CUCUACGGUUUGGCUUUGAUUUCGAUUCAAAUCCUCUCGUUUGGUUCCGGGGGUCGCUUCUUUUUCUUUUUCGAUCAGAUAAUUGUAGUCCUGUGAUCGGGUGGUGGUUGCAGUUGGAUCGGAUCUGCGAUUGAAUUGCGAAGCUAUGGCGGAGGAUAAGUACAAUCUAAAGAACCCUGCGGUGAAGAGGAUCCUUCAGGAGGUCAAGGAGAUGCAGGCUAAUCCUUCUGACGAUUUCAUGAGUCUUCCUCUUGAGGAGAAUAUAUUUGAAUGGCAAUUUGCCAUCCGCGGACCUGGUGAUAGUGAAUUUGAGGGUGGGAUAUAUCAUGGACGUAUCCAAUUGCCAGCAGAAUAUCCAUUCAAGCCACCUUCAUUCAUGUUGUUAACCCCGAAUGGUCGCUUUGAAACCCAAACGAAGAUAUGUUUGAGCAUAUCAAAUCACCAUCCAGAGCAUUGGCAACCAUCAUGGAGUGUGCGUACUGCAUUGGUUGCAUUAAUUGCUUUCAUGCCCACAAACCCAAAUGGCGCUCUUGGUUCCCUGGACUACAAGAAGGAAGAAAGGCGAGUAUUGGCCAUCAAAUCUCGAGAAGCACCCCCAAAAUUUGGUACUCCUGAACGUCAAAAGCUAAUUGACGAGAUUCAUGAAUAUAUGCUGAGUAAGGCGCCGCCUGUCCCUCAAUCGGGUUCUUCAGAUGUCUCCGGGGAGAAACCCACCAAUGAAGAGGCUGAUGUCCAGGUAACUUCUGAACCUGCUGAACUUGCAGCUUCUGGGGAAGAGCUGCAGAAUCCACCUGCAAAUGACAGGGUCGUUGAGGAAGUAGUACCAGAAGUCCGACCAGAAGUGGUUGCGAGAGUGGCAAGAGAGGUGCCAUCUAGUCGCCCUCCCGCUCAGGCCGAGCAGCGGAGGCUAGAGACGGGAGUUCAUAAACCAGCUGAUGACCGGUUGUUCACAUGGGCUGCUAUCGGUCUCACUCUUGCAAUUGUUGUUCUUUUGCUGAAGAAGUUCAUGAAAGCAAGCGCUCAUGGUUCUGUCUUCAUGGAUGAAUCUUAGAUUACAGAUAUAUUUGUUGGUUGAUAGCUUUGCUAUGAGACACGGGUCUUAAUGUGUAUUAAUAGUUUUAGCGUAAAUUCAAUUGGCUUAUCAUUCGACAAAGAAAAAAGCGAUCUUAUGUGUUAUGGUGCCGCCGUCUCCAUUAUUUGUAGUUAAAUAAUAACAUAAGCAAAAUUGCUUGGCUCAAAGAGUGUGCCUACAAACCAUUUCAUUACCUCGUUGUCUGUUUUAUGUACAAGGUAUUAUUUGCUA